GCAGUCUGCCAUCCCCGCGCCUACAAAUCGCAGUCACUUCCUAACCUCCCCCUUUUUAACAUAUUUGAUCACUUUGAUUCUCUGUUCGCUCUUUUAUUAUUUUUACGCGCAUGAAGGAGGUUCUGUAGGUUGUGAUCUUUUUGUUUUAUUAUCGGUCCUGCAUGCCGGAGAGUUGACUUCAUAUUUGACUACAACUGCGCACGGCUGCUAGCGCUACCUCAUCUGAAGAAAAGGAAGAAGCAACAAUAUUUUCUGGCCAGUUGUUGGUUUUCUUCAAGACUUUACGCUCGAACUUCUUGCGCGUCGCAAGUAUCUUAAAAGACUGAGUGUUUCUGUGCGUCCGAACAUCGCUACACGCAUCAAGUCAUCUGUCUUCCGUUAGUAUCUUCUUCCGCCGUGUUUAUUUUCCAUUUCUCCUUGAUGGGUUUACUGGAUGGAUGACUGCAAGUGCCCCUGGACUUGGCCUCUAACAGCAAGGCUACUAUUCGGCUUGCUUCAGUUUUAGCCACAUGCCAGGUAACGCUAUUUCAGUCAAGAAAUAGCCUACUGUUUGUCAUCGGUGCGCAACUUUCAACGGACAAUCAGACUCUAGCCGACCGUACCGAUCUUGAAUUAUUUAUUUGACCGUCCUAAGUGAUAAAGGCACCGUGCUGCGUUCUUAAUUUUUGAAACAAAGCAUUCCGAAACCAAAAACGGGGGACAAAAAGUUUGUUAACGUUGACUGAUAGAUAUGGCAAUGGUAGUGUGGAGAGGCUCCCAGGACGAUGUGGCCGAGACCCAGGGCACCCUCUCAUCGCAAGCCCAAGGAGGACUAUCCCUUCCAACCCCUCAACCAGGCCAGCUGGGUCUGACGGCCUCUCAGAUUGCCCCUCCGACCCCUCAGACACCCGUUCAAGGACCCCCGAACAACAACACACAGUCCACUCCGACGAACCAGACGACGCAGAAUCAAUCGGAAAAACAGCAGCCACAGCACAUAGAGUGUGUGGUAUGCGGGGACAAAUCCAGCGGCAAACACUACGGCCAGUUCACUUGCGAGGGGUGCAAAAGCUUUUUCAAACGGAGCGUACGAAGGAACCUCACUUACACAUGCCGUGCCAACAGGAAUUGUCCCAUUGACCAGCACCAUCGCAAUCAGUGUCAGUACUGUCGCCUCAAAAAAUGCCUCAAAGUUGGCAUGAGGCGGGAAGUUUCUCUUUUUACUGCAGCAGUGCAAAGGGGACGGAUGCCACCCACACAGCCUCACCAUGGUCAGUUCGCCUUGACAAAUGGGGACCCGCUGCACUGCCAUUCCUACUUAUCCGGAUAUAUCUCUCUACUUCUACGAGCGGAGCCCUACCCAACUUCUCGGUAUGGCAGUCAGUGCAUGCAGCCCAACAACAUCAUGGGCAUCGAGAACAUUUGUGAACUGGCAGCCAGGAUGCUGUUUAGUGCGGUGGAGUGGGCCAGGAAUAUUCCUUUCUUCCCAGACCUCCAAAUUACCGACCAGGUUGCCCUUUUGAGGUUGACCUGGAGUGAGUUGUUUGUGCUCAACGCUGCUCAGUGCUCCAUGCCGCUCCAUGUGGCUCCACUUCUGGCGGCAGCUGGGCUCCAUGCCUCCCCCAUGUCUGCGGACAGAGUGGUCGCCUUUAUGGACCACAUUAGGAUCUUCCAAGAACAAGUAGAAAAGCUCAAAGCUUUGCACGUAGACUCUGCUGAAUACAGCUGUUUAAAGGCCAUCGUUUUAUUCACUUCAGAUGCUUGCGGCCUGUCAGAUGUGGCCCAUGUGGAAAGUUUGCAAGAGAAGUCCCAGUGCGCUCUGGAGGAGUACGUUCGGAGCCAGUACCCCAACCAACCAACUCGAUUUGGGAAGUUAUUACUGCGCUUGCCCUCUCUCCGUACUGUAUCGUCCUCGGUCAUAGAGCAAUUAUUUUUCGUCCGAUUGGUAGGUAAAACCCCAAUUGAAACCCUCAUCAGGGAUAUGUUGCUGUCGGGGAGCAGUUUUAACUGGCCUUACAUGUCGAUUCAGUAGGCAGAUGGAAUGAUCAAAGGGGUUGUGACUACAGUAGUUAGCGUUUUUUUUUUUUUUUUUUUUUUUUUUUUUUUUUUUGUAGAAGGAAACGGCUGUUACACGAGUUUACUUUGACGAAGAAAGACUUUCAUAAAUGACUGUGAAUUUUAAAAUUGAGACUUUCAGUGAACCCUCGAAGUCCAGAGAUUGCUCCAAUGUCAUUAUGAACAGCUUGUUCUAAUGUUAUUGUUUUUGUGUGUGUGUGUGUGUGUGUGUGUGUGUGUGUGUGUGUGUGUUUUGUAAAAAAAAUAAAUACAUAUAUAUAUAUAACAAAUAAAAACAAAAAUGAAGAAAUAAGUAAACCCACUAAAAUUACUACAAAAGAAAAGACAAAAAGACAAAAGAAUAAAUCAAGGAUUUUGAUAAUCCUGUCUUGGACAGCAAAACUAUAAAGUGCAUUUAAGCGACAAUUUGGGAAGAUUAAGAACACAAGAAAAAAAAAAAAAGUAAUUUUCCAAAUUGCUAUACUGUCCUGUGUCCAUGUAUCUAUAGCUGUUUUUGUAAAUUUUUGUUCUUACUGGUUCCAAACCGGCCAAUGUAAUUCUGUAGUAUGCAAUUGUUGUUUAUUUUUAUUUUCUUUUUCUUUCUUUUUUUUCUAAUAACCAUGACUUCUAAAACGAUUAAGUGAUCCUAAAAACGUUCUUCGAGAAUUAAAACUAAAUCCACAGCAAUAUAGACUUUGUUUAAUGCUGCAAGCGCACUUACACGGUUGGUGUCCCUUAAUGAACAAGAGUAGGGAUGAUCGACUGAAACCACUAACCACAAAAUGGCAGAAUAUUUGUAAUGCACCAGUGUGCUACAUUUCAUGCCACUGUUCUACCUAUGACUUGGACAACCCCCCAAAGUGGAUGUAGUAGCAAUACUUUACUCUGCACGACCCAAUCGUUUUACUAUUCGCUCCACAAAAGUGUUUUCAAGAUGUCGUACGUACGUUUUUGGAGUGUUGUGACCUGCCUCUAUGGAAUUAUUUGGUUUCGUGGAUGGUCUUCAGGUUGUAACACAAACAAUAGAACAAAGUUUUUGAUUUUAGGGUUAAGGAGACCCCCACUAAAUAUUUUUAUUUUAUUUUUUAUGUAUUGCAAGAACCCAACCAUUGUUAGCGCCACUACGUAUUCUCGCUUAAGUGUUUUGCCACAGUAAACUGUAUUUUGAGCUUGGGGGAAUUGAUGGGUCAUCAUUCUUUUAACAAUAAAGCAGCAGUAUUAUUAAGACGUCCCUAUAAAUGUCCCUCAACACGUAAAGCAUUAAAGUGCCUGUUCAGCGCAAAUGUGUUAUUAACGGUUACUGAAGUCUAUACACCAUGGGGAACACGCUUAGAAUUUAUUAAAAACACACACACAAGUAGAGACAGUAUUCUUGUAAAUAAAGGUCAAUUCAUUUCAAUGACUUUUUUUCAUUAUACAACGUAUAUGUGAUUAAGAAUAAAACUGUGGUUGCCAAUUUUUCGGUAAUACAAAUGUCUUCAAAUGAGUGACAGACUUAGCUAGUAGCACUGAAAGUUAUGUUUGUAAUGUAUAUACAUAAUACGUUUUUUUUUCUUCCUUUCUUUUUCAUGUAUUUAGACUGUGAAUGCAUGGCCACAAGUCGCUAACCUAUUUUACCUUUGAGAUAUAUAUAUAUAUGUAAUUUUUGACUGUAUAGAUAUAAUCUGUGCAUUCAGUACACUAGCCCUUGUAUUUAAAAAAAAAAAAAAAAAAAAAAAAUGAAAAAAAAAAAAGAAA